AUGGAUCCAAGCGAAGGAGAUGAGACAAGAAAGUGUUUUAUUCCAAAAGUGGAAAUGCGCACAGGAAUAUUUCGUGGCAGUAAAAACAAGAGUGUUAGUAAUUCCUACACCGUUCCCAAUACUUACACAGAUUCCCAGGCAUCAACUAUACCUAAUUACAAUGCCACCUUCUUAGACCCUAAGACAACAUAUCAGACUUAUGAGAAAGGAGACAUAAGGACAACUAUUCCACUGUCCAGACAUGCCAGAAGUAGUGUGCAGGCACAGCUAUAUAACUUCCUGGAGAGACCCACUGGCUGGAAAUGUUUCAUCUACCAUUUUACUGUAUUCAUGAUGGUUCUCAUCUGCCUUAUCUUCAGUGUCUUAUCCACUAUAGAACAAUACUCUGGCUUUGCUAUGGAAACUCUAUACUAUAUGGAAAUUGUUUUGGUUAGUUUCUUUGGAAUAGAAUAUGCUGUACGACUUUGGUCAGCUGGAUGUCGUAGUAAAUACAUGGGAAUCAAAGGUAGAAUAAGGUUUGCCAGAAAACCUAUAUCUAUAAUAGAUCUUAUAGUGGUAGUUGCAUCAAUAGGCGUGUUUAGUGUGGGUUCAGAGGGACAAGUUUUUGCUACCUCAGCUAUAAGGGGGGUGCGGUUUUUACAGAUUUUACGGAUGUUGCAUGUAGAUAGACAAGGUGGCACUUGGAGACUAUUGGGAUCUGUCAUAUAUUUACACAGACAGGAGUUAAUUACAACUUUAUACAUUGGAUUUCUGGGCCUUAUAUUUUCAUCCUACUUUGUAUACCUAGCCGAAAGAGACGAAUCCAGAGACGACUUUUCCAGCUAUGCAGAUGCUCUUUGGUGGGGUGUUAUAACUGUGAUGACCAUUGGAUAUGGGGACAAAGUUCCACAGACUUGGAUGGGUAAAAUCGUAGCUUCCUGUUUUGCAGUUUUUGCUAUAUCCUUCUUCGCUCUUCCUGCUGGCAUUUUGGGAUCAGGGUUCGCCUUGAAGGUACAGCAGAAACAACGACAAAAACAUUUCAACAGACAAAUUCCAGCGGCGGCAACGCUUAUACAGUGUGUUUGGAGAUGUUAUGCUGCUGACCCAACGUCAAACUCAGAAGCCACUUGGAAAAUUCACAUCCAUGACUCGUCCAAUGAGGAGACAAUGCUUGCCCGAAUGGCGAGACGUGCCAGUCUCACACUACGUAAACGACGGUCAUCACGCAUGGACUCCAUUUCCAUUGGUAAUCACGUCCGCAGGGAGAGCCUCACCAGUUUCUACCAGGAAGACAAAAUUGGGACUCCACGUAGUAACAGGCGGGAUAGUUCUCGUCCCAAUAUUAUGCCCAACCAUCCUAGUGUUGGAAGUAACGACCAGUAUGAUGAUCCAUUGGAAUAUGAUUUAGAUGAUGUGGAGAAAGUUGUGCAACUAACAGAUGCUCAUAAAACAGCAAUACGGGUACUGCGAAAAAUUAAAUACUUUGUUGCAAGAAGAAAAUUUCAGCAAGCCAGAAAACCGUACGAUGUUCGAGAUGUCAUUGAGCAAUAUUCACAAGGUCAUCUUAAUAUGAUGGUUAGAAUCAAAGAGUUACAACGAAGGUUGGACCAGACAUUAGGCAAACCAGGAACAUUGUACUCAAACUGUUAUAAAGAUAGGGAAAGGAUGACAAUCGGUGCUAGGAUUGUCCGAAUGGAGACGCAAAUGCAGAAGACAGACCAGAAGCUAGAUCAAGUGAUAUUCCUCCUUAACACCUGGCUGAAGUCCAAACCCACGAAUGCAGACUCAUUGGAGGACGAUGUAUGA